AUGCUGGCAACUCGAGUGCGACGGCCCUCGGCUCAAAUUACACGCCUCCUUCGCCAACCGAACGUCGCGAUUAAACAGCCUUUGAAUGCGCCAUGGCGACGACUGGCAAGCGGUAAAUCACAGAGGUCGAACCCUUCAUCCAACUGGGUUCGCAGCUCCCUUGGAGUCGCAUUCGCAGGUGCUGCAGCAUAUCUGGGAUAUUCAUACGUCAACGGCGACUUGGAGCGAGCUUGGAUUGAUAGCGAUCCCAGGUUCAAGAAAGAAGUCAUCGAUGUCAACAAUCUCCGAGCUCAGUUCAUCCAAGAGAAAAGGAGCUUAAAGAGCCCUGCCGUCUACACAUGGGGCUCGAACGAGUAUAAAGCGGUGGAUCCGGAAUCGAAAGACAGAGAUAUCAAGAUCCCCCGGCGCUUCAAGUUUUUCGAUGGCCAGGUGCUGCGAGAUUUCAAGGUUGACGAGAAGUCCGGUGCUGCAAUCACGGAGAAGGGCGAUCUGGUACAAUGGGGCAAGGGAUACUCAGAGACCGACUACAAGCCAUGCAAGACUCUGACCGGCAAGAAUCUGACGUCGAUUACUUUGUCUGAGAGCCGGAUCAUUGCGCUGGCUUCGGAUGGAAAUGUUUACUCGUUGCCCAUCUCCCAGCAUGACCAGAGAACUGGUCCCAAAGCCCGAGAAAGCUCCUGGGUGCCUUACUGGCCCGGAAAGUCCUCUCUGAGCUACCGCAUCCUGAAUCCUGAUUUGAAGCUCGGUGAACGGGUAACAGCUAUCCGAGGUGGCCUGGAACACGUCGUUUUGGUCACUAGCUACGGCCGUGUCUUUACAGCAGCUUCAUCUACUGAAAACUACCCAUCCCUUGGUCAACUUGGUGUGACUGGCCUGACCUGGUCUACCCGUCCCAGCGGACCAGCAGACACUUGCCAUGAAGUCACCGCCCUCAAGGGUUCUAAAGUGACCGAAAUUGCCGCGGGUGACUAUCACUCUCUUGCGCUGACGAAGGAUGGCCGACUCUUUGGCUGGGGAGAUAACUCGUUCGGGCAACUAGGAGUGGAAUUUGAGCCAGAGUUUCCUUUCAAGGACACUCCCUUCGUUUUUGCCCUGAACCAACUCUACCGAAAGCGCAAGUACUCUCCGAAGGUUACCAGCAUCGCCGCUGGCGGCGCCAACACCUUCUUCACCGUCGAUGCCAAGCGGAUUCUUGGCCCUGAGGAAGAGGCUGCUGACGUCCGCGACUUGGGCAAUGUGACUGUCGAUACAUGGUCUUGCGGCAGAGGAAUUUGGGGCACUCUUGGAACGGGCAAGUGGAUUCACCUGCAAGAUUCACCUUUGAAGGUGAAAGACCUGAGCGGGCUGGCCGAGUACAACGAGCAGACAAAGCAGAUGACACCGAUCCGCCCUCGCACCAUAUCCGUUGGUACAACCCAUGUCGCUGCUAUUUUGGAUAACAAGACCAGCCUGAGCUCAGCGACGACGGACUCGCUAGAUAAAUCACAGGACUUCGGCUACGAGGUGUUCUGGUGGGGAGGUAACGAGCACUUCCAGCUGGGCACUGGCAAGCGAACCAAUCUUUCCAAGCCGAACCAUAUCAAGGCGCCUCCACAGUCCAAGAAGCAGCAGGAGACCGAAGCCCGACUGCAGAUCAUGCCUCGACACAAGGGCCAGGUUGGCAAGCGUAAUGUGAGCAUGGAGCAACGGGUCGAAUGUGGAAAACAUGUUUCUGCCAUUUUCUCUGCCUUAUAG